UCGCUGCUGGCGCCAGCCACAAGGAGUCAUGCCCUCGCUCGUUCGCCGCGAUCAGCACUGGGUAUUCCCAGGAUGCGCCUAACGACUCAGCAAGCAAGUCAACUCCCGCCUAUACUUACUGACACACAUGUACCGUAUUCUCGCAGCUGUUUGUGCCGACAUGUAGAAACAUCCGAACAGGCGUAUGUGUGUGCAGUGUUUGGUGAGAAGCGUAGUGCGCUCCACUACGGUCACUCGUGCGGUGGUGCCUACUGCCCCUAUAUUUGGAAGCCGGCCACACUGACGCUAGACGCAACACCCCAACGACAGACAUGGCGAGUUACCAACCAACAUUCAUCCAACCAACCAACCAGACAACCAACUCCAUGUUGGAGCGGGGGGCGAGGCCGCUCGGAGAGUAGCGUGGUGAAGCAGCCGGACGUUUCGCAAACGCCCAGAAACACGUUGGUGGUUGUACGCAAUCUCUCAGAGUUAUGCCUUUUCCAAACGCCGCCAAGGUCAUGGUCGGCGGCUGGUAGAACUGCUCCACCACUUCCCCGAUGGCGGGCUGCGCCAGGGUAUCCAACAGCAAAAAAGAAAUGA